AUGUCUGGCUCUCAAGAGAGCACUGAAACCGUCGGCGCCCUUAAGGCGCAAGAGAACCGUUCCGUCGCCGGCCACACGGCCACCAUGAGGGAGUGCCCCCUUUUUCGUUUCCUCGUUUGGGCGUUUCCUAACGUUCUGGAGCUCCAUCUGGCUGGGUGGCGUUCGGGUCGCCUCCCCGCCCCGUCCCGGCCCCCCGUUUCUCCUUCCGCGCCCCCGCUUCUUUGUGAAUCUGGCGGUUUCCCGUCCGUCCCUGGUCCGACCCCCGCCGUAACUCCCACCUCCUCCGCCACUACGCCUGCCGCUCCUGUCUCGCCCGUCGUUUCCCCGACGUCUCCGGUCGAGGAGACCUCCGAGGAGGAAGAUGUUGCCCCGCGCCGCUCCUCCCGCAAGAGGAAGCGCGCCGAGUCCCCUGAGGAGGGCUCGGUGGCUGGUGGGACUUCGUCCUCGUCCUCCGACGGCGACUCGUCCUCGGACGAGGGCGGGGACCCUCACCGCGCGCUGCUUUGCGUGUGCUGCCUGCGCUGCGCGAAGUAUUUGGCAAAGUCGCCGGAGUUCUCGUGUGUCUUCCCCGCCUCCUCGACGAAGUGCACGCGCUGCACUCGUCUUAAGGACAAGUGCGUCCCGUUUGGGCAGAUCCCUCCUGCCGUCGCCGCCUCCGUCCGGGACCUGCUGGCGCUGCAGUCGGACUUCGGCGCUGCCGUGGGUGGCGUCCGCAUUGGCCUCCGCGCCCGCAUCGUGGCUGCUGCUGCCGCCCUCCCUGCGGAGGUUCGCGUGGCUGUCUCUGUGGCGCCUUCUGCGGCGGAGACGAGCGCCGCCCUCCUCCGCAACUCGGAGGAGACGCUGGUGGUCCUCCGCCAGAUGCAGCGUAGCAUGGCUGCUCUCGCUGCGGGUGGGAGGAAGGGGAAGGGGAAGAAGCGGGGGUAG